UUAAAAUAACAUCGACAAAAGUGCAAUUUCGAGAAUUGUGAAUGAAAACAAUGCAACUUUUUGUUAGAAACAAUAAAAGGUGCAAUAAAAUGUUGGCGAUUUACUUGCAUUUGGUAAUCAACUAAUCAGAGACAAUACAGGAGGGUAACAUCUUACAAAGCGGAACUACAAACCCCAGUAGGUAACUAUCCCUACAAUGGUAUGGUUGCAAAAAAUAUUACCUGCAAAAGUGAUCGUUGCAACUUCGUCUAGUUAUUUUAGUUUGGAACGCCUUUCUGUGAAUACGUGCCAUGGAGAAGUCUUGGUUACUAGUGGAGUGGAUUCAAAAAGACAUUUUGAGUGCCAGUUUUGAUGUUGUAAAUGCUAAGUGUUUGGAGGGAAACAAGCAAGAUGUGUGUGUUGGAAAACUGUCGAUUUUGCGCGAAAAGUACAGCAACAACACAAGACCGGGAAAGGUGCUCUACAUUUCAGACGAUAAGCAGUUCCUCAAGGGAAUAAAAAGUAUGCUUAUGAGAAUGACGGAACAGAUGAAGACAACGGUUGAAAUGUUUAACAACACUAUCAACCAAAUGAAAACUGAAUUAAUGAGUGACUGUGAUAGAGUCAGAGCAAAAGGAAAAGUUAAUAUCACAAAUAGAGACUAUGAUUUGAAUUCAAAGAAAAGAAAAGUUAAAUCAACUAUCGAUAACGACACGCAAACUGAACAACGAUAUUCACCUGAAUUUAUAAAUGAUCUACGAACUUCAUUAAAAACUGGAUACGAAGAACUGACGACUAUAGUAUUUUCUAUGAAAGAAGGCAAUUUGAAUGAAACAAAUGAAAACCUUAUAACAAAUAAAUCUGAAUUAAUGAAGAAAAGUAAACGGGUUUCAGACGAUGAUGUGUCUGCCAACGCUGGGCCGAUAAAGAAAAAACUCAGAGCUUGGAAUGAGUUGCAUAUAGAUACAAAAAAAGAAAAAAUGAAGACAUUAAAAUCACCUUAUACUUGCACCUCCAUGCGUCAGUACGUCAACAGGAAGGUUCUUUCUCCAAUACAACAUAAUGAAAUGGUGAUGAAAGACAACGAUACGAAUAUAAACGAUAACAACAUUAAGAAUAUGCCAGUGCCGGAAAAUAAAGAGAACGAAGAAAUAAUGCAACCUGAAAAUAACAACAUAUAUAAUUUUACGGACAGCCACGAAUCAAAUCUAGGAUCGACAGCAUCUCAAUCUAAAGGAGACAUGGUUCCAAUUGGAAGUGGUAACACGCUUAUACCUAAAACUUUAUACGAAAGUUUAAACUGGAACUCGUACACGAAUGUUACAAGGAAAUUGUUGCAGAUACUGUUUUCGCGAGAAGUGUUAUCGACUCAUAGCCUAAGUGGAAAACGAUCCCCGGCGUUUUCGAACAAACCUGCCAAAAAACAACUAAACCCGAUUACAGUCGACGAUAUCGUUGCUACAGUCGCAAAGAAAUGUGAUAUCAAAGAAAGUUUCGUAAGAACUUGCAUUACGGUGAAAUGUGCAGAUGAAGCCAAAAUGUUACGACAGCGAAAUAGUCGAACUAGUAUUAAAAGUGAGCAAAAUGAUUCCUCUGUAAAGGAAUCAUCUAUCCAAAUAGACGAGAGCUUGCAGUGUUGAAAAAAAUAUA